AUGCUAAUCGUCAAUCUCUGGCACAACACCCUUCAAAAUUUGUUAUUACACGAAGACCAAGUGUUGCAGGGAUGUUUGUUCUUAUUUGUAUGCUAUAGUUAUAUAAUAUUUGUAUGCUAUUCUUAGUUAGCGAAAUGAAGUCAUUUAGUGCAGAUUCUAACUGAGACAUUUAAAAGAGCCAUAACUGAAAGAACCAUAAAUUUUUAAAGUAAUAACUUUAUGCAUCACUAUUGUAAUAGCAGAUUUUCCGGUCCUCACGAGGCAAAACAAAUACAUGUUGUAUUUCCAGUAUUUCCCACCAGACAGGAAUUGGUGAGAAGUUCCUUUUUUUAGCCAACGGGAGCAAACGAGUACAUUAGGCCAAUGUCUUAGUCUUCUGUAAUACUAUGUUCUAGAUAGACAGAGUUAGUUGUCGGUGCGAAUACAGUAUUGAUCAAAACCCACAAAUGGCAACGGAAAGGAACGGCAGCCGGCAGCCGGAUGGUUUGUUACGUUAUAACAAAAUUUGUGUCGGAAACGAAAUUAUUAAAAGGCACCACUGUCAAAAUAUGGCCCUAGUCAAAACUGGAUAAAAUAGCUGACUAUUAUAGGCUGUGUUUUCACUGGUGUUAUUUUCUAGCUGAACAUUCUUUCUAAGCGUGACAUUUCUUUUCACUGUGAAAUUGAAGCAGGAAUUUGUAGGUCACUUCUCCGCAAGAUAGCCGUUGCAGUUUUCAAAACUGGUCGGGGACGAACCAUGUUGAAUGAUUCCUCUUGUAUUCGUUCUCGCUUUAUUUAUAUGCAGAAGACGAAGUUGCUGUCACGGAAUGUACCUUAGUAGGUCUGUUCAGAAAAGGAGGAGGCAAUCAUGUUGCCGACGGCCAAACACAAUUUAUUGCCGUGUUUUAAAAGCGUGAGAUCACACUGGCUUAUCCGAUCGGUUCCUGGUCGAGGAACUGGAAAAUGUAACAACAAAUUAGGAACUGUAUUUUGAAAUAAAUGAAGAGCCGGAUCGUUUAACAGCCAAGUAGUUCACGCGGCACUUUGAUUGCCAGAUUUUGGCAGCUAACUGUCACUAUGACUACUAUGUGCAGCUCGAUUGGGUGCGCUAUUCAGCAGGACCAACAACAACAACAAUUUAUUAAGGUAUUUCCAUAUCUAUACAUGGCAUUACCUAUCUAAUACUUAUGAAUAAAGUACAAAUAUAUCAUUUAUAAAUAUAUGGCAAAAUAAAAAGAUUAUAUUCUUUUCUGAAAUAACAUAUCAUGUCUGUAACGCAUACAUUCAAAAACAAAAGCAGCAAUUGAUCUACAAACAGAGGGAUCUAUACUAUUAAAGAGAAAUAAAAGUUUUGAAGUCACAUCUAAGUCCUUGAAAAGUGUAUAUCUAUCAGAUAUUUCACUGAAGAAUUUUAAACGUAAAUUGUCAUAAAGUUUGCAGAAGAAUAGAAAAUGAAGUUCAUUUUCAACUUCAUUCGUCUGACAUAGAUAACAUAUUCUUAAAUUUUCGGGAGUUUUAGGUACUGUGUGUCUGCCUGUUUCAAUAUGUAAUCGAUGAUUUCCUAGUCGAAAUUUAUUGAGUGAGGUUUUGUGAAGUGGAUUUUUAAUCAUAUUUAAGAAUUCUGCUUUUUUAUUAUCGUUCUUAAAGGUAGUAUAAAAAUUCAAUUUUCUAUUUGUUUUAAGGAGGGUAAGUUGAUGCUCAGUUAGAGCAUUAUUGAUGUUUUGCUUGAUGUAAGAGGUGAAGACUUUUUCGUUGUUUUCAUUCAAUGUUAUGGCGGUUGCGUUGUACUUGCUACAUAUAGUUUUUAUUUUCUGCAUCAAACCUGGCUGGUUGUUAUCGGCCAUUUCCUGGGAGAGUUGUAGACAUUGUUUUGCUAUGUUUUUAUCUGGCAUAUUUUGUAAAUGAAUCCAAAAUUUAAUAAUUAUAUAAUUUAAUAAUUAACCAAAUUAUCAUCUCACGAGGUAGUACAAGUGAAUUUCCGGUUAAAGAGGCGACAAUUUUUUUUCUGGUGAAAACAGCUUGAAUUUUUCACUCGCUAAACAUAAGACAAUGUGUCUUCACUGUAUUCCCCAACUUGCGGCUUUUUUGUGGUCAAAGUUGCCCACUGAAAAAUCACAUAAACACACCAAAUAAUCAUUUUAGCAAUUAGCUUACAAUACUUGAUCUUAUUGGAGACAAGCUUUGGUUUGGACUGACUGAAUUUGCCCGCUCACAUUGUGUGGAUCAGUCUAUAGCUUUUCCACUUUUGGAAUUGUGUGUGAAGUCACAGCAUGGUGGUGGUUAGAAAUACACUCGAGAGGAAUCGAAUUGACAUGCAAAUAUGCUGUGUUUCGCCUGAAAUCGGGUAUAGAUUUUGUCCAUUUUGGUAUGGUUUUCCGGGGGAACUACGGGAGCGUAUGGACGUAUUUAUCCUUUCAAUUCCAAAUUAACAAGAAAGAAAUAAAAAUACCGUAUUCUUAACGGAUUUUGAUUUAUGGUGACAUAAUGUCAGCCCAAAAGGCCAGGUCUGAGAAGCAAUCUUCCGAGGUAAAAAAAGGCUGAACAACACAGGCUGCAAAACAGGCUGAACAACACAUAAUGUCUUGUGUGCUGCCGAAUAUCAAGCGUGUUUUUUUCCCGGCGUUGACCACCGAAUACUAGCUAAAACGGGCAAACAAACUGGGAAAUCCUGGUUAUUGCUAGUAUUGACAUGUUAUUCCUGCAGUUUGUUCGAUUCUUGACUUUCACGUGGGUAAAUUUUGCUGUGGAGGAUUCUUGAAUUUUACAUUUCUUAAUAUUUUUGCCAGUUGUCUCACAGUGAGGGGUCAUGAAGCUUUGUUUCACGCGCAUAUUGAUUUCCUGUGAAAAUACCUUGAACAAAACCUCAGAAAAUGAAUAUGCGUGCUGUGACCUCUCACUGCGAAACAAGCAGCAUUUUAAAAAUCACAUUUGCUCAGUCAAACAGUACCAUCCAGAGCAUAAUCUCCCUACCCGCAAAAAAACGUUUGGAACAAGCAGCAUUUUAGUGCGAGGUCGACCUAGUGUGGGCCUACUAAAACCCAAUCUUUUUUUUUGAUAAAAUUAGUGAUGUUUGCGGAGUCAUUUGCGCGGAUCAAAACAAAUCCCUGAAAACAAAACCCGGCGAUUUCCGGUGGCGCUGAUCAACUUCUGGCGGAAAAUGUUAUCUUACACCAUGUACACUGACUUUCAUGGCCAUUACCUUCGUCGUUUAUUACACAUUUUUUACAUAUAAUCGCAAAAAACAUUAAAUUUUACUCCAAUCAACAUUUUCGCCGGCAAACAAAUCUGUUAAUUACACCUAAGCACGAGCGAAAUUAAAUUGUCCAGAGAUCGGAAAGGUCAAGGUAGCAAAGACAGUUGGAUAACACUAUCAAGUGGAAACCUUGACCAUCGACCCUUGACCAUUGUAAAGAAACAAAGGAUUUUGCCGCCAGACAAAACGUUUUUAGGCCUUAAAUAUUCUCGAAGGAACCCUGGAGGUUUCGUAGGUCAAGAAAAUCGUUCACAUUAGAAAUGGCCUUUCCUGCUGACAGAUUUUUUUCGCUGUAAACCAAACAAAAUUUUGUGUAGUGCGCACAGAGCCUGUGACUCCAGUUUUCAUUUAAAAUAUUAUUUUUAAAAUUUUAUGCCCUAAAAAAGGUGUUACAAGACACUUACAUUUAAAGCACAGCUUGUUAAUAAUGAGAGAUUAAUCUGUUAUCAUAGUAUUCUUAUCUUGCAGUACUGAAUCGUUGCUCGUUUGUUGUUUGAAGAGCUUCAUCGAACACGGUUAUCUUUACAUUGCAGAAAUAAGAGGUUUUGGUAUAAAUGUCUUCAGGUUUUUUUUUGGACAUUUACAGUAUCGUUUGUUUGGUAAUGACAGUUUCCUUAAUUUUACAAUGGUUUGUGAAACACCAUCUUUAAAAACUUUACAGGGGUCUCAACUUUGGGGUGAAAAAAGGACUUUUGCUGAAAUUGUCUUUACAGGUUUCGCAAAGCUUUUGCGGUGAUUACCAGUAAUGGCUUCUGCUGCGAACAGUUGUCUUUUACCUUGUGAAGCUUUCGCAGCGAUUGCUCCUCCCUUGUGUAUGAUUUAAGUGUGGGGUUGGACUUAAGAAAGUAAAUCCAAGUUUGCAAGUAAUAAUAUAACGUAGUAAUUUACCGUUGUAUUGUUAGAUAUGGGAAGCCACGACAAAGACUACGUGGAUCCCAAGCUGAAAAUGAAGAGGGGUGGUUAUGCAGAAAAGGAAAGUGAAGAGGCAGGUACAAAAGUCGGACCG